UAAUCAUAAGUCUUCUUUUUCGUAUUUUGUUUUGGUGGAUACAAUUCAGAGACCGAACAACCUUAACGAACAGAGCUUAGCAUCUGAUUUUUUCUUAGGGUUUCUGUUUUUUUCCGGAGAAUUUUCAUCUUGAAACCCUAAAUCUUCGAUCAGAUCUGAGCAUUCUGGUUGUUAGGCUUCAUCGAUCAGCCAAGGUUCAUGUCUGAGCUCGAAUCCCAGAUUCCUACUGCCUUCGAUCCUUUUGCUGAUGCAAAUGCUGAAGACUCUGGCGCUGGUGCAAAAGAGUACGUGCAUAUUCGUAUACAGCAAAGAAAUGGUAGGAAAAGCUUGACAACUGUGCAGGGGUUGAAGAAGGAAUUCAGUUACAACAAGAUACUCAAAGAUCUAAAGAAGGAAUUCUGCUGCAAUGGUACAGUCGUGCAGGACCCGGAAUUAGGGCAGGUUAUACAACUUCAAGGGGAUCAAAGAAAGAACGUGUCUAGUUUCCUUACUGGGGCAGGAAUUGUGAAAAAGGAUAACAUCAAAAUCCAUGGUUUUUAAGCUGCACCAGCUACAACAAAAUCUCUGCCUGGUGAAAUUCCCCUCUUAUGUUGGCGCAGAAACUGUUUGAAAUUUAGAAUAUAUUUAAGCUGUUAUGUUUUUUAUGAUGUUGGUUUGAUAAGAAAAAAAGUAACUUUGCUUCUGUUGUUUUUCUUGUAAGCUAUGUGGAUUGUGUUUGUGAUGAUAAUGGAAUAUGUGACUGUAAGUCUUUAUAUCUUUAA